GUUUAUAAACAAAGUGAGCCGGGCAUCGAAAUCGCGUUGUCUGCAGCAGCGAAUCGCAACGAAAUGAUAACUUUAGCAAUCGUAAAACCCCACUGCCUCAAAAAUCCUAUCGCUUACCAAACAAUACAGCAAAUGCUGAUAGAAAGCGGCUUAAAGGUAGUGGCAAGUAAGCGGAUAAAUCUCUCCCGUGAUGAGGCGGAAAAGUUCUACGAGGAGCAUAGGAAUAAAUUCUUCUUCCGACGUCUAGUAUCACUUAUGACCAGUGGACCGUCCGAAGUGGUAUUACUGUCAGGGAAUGAUGCAAUUCAGCAGUGGCGCAAUCUGAUGGGACCUACAAAGGUCCUCAAGUCGGUAUAUUCACACCCGGCAUGCAUUCGCAGUUGUUUCGGUUUAACAGACACACGAAACGCAACGCAUGGAUCAGAUUCGGAACAAUCGGUGAUGAUUGAGAGAAAAUUCUUUUUCGGUGACGCUACCCAAUAAAAGUUAUGUAUCGGCUCCGAUUUUUUCCAACAGUUAAAGUGUCUGCGUAAUAUGUUCGCUUACUAUUUGCAUUGAAUAAUAUGAAACACAUAGUCAAAAUUUGUAAAAUACGAUACAGAGAACCAAAAAUAUAUCUACAUAUUAAGAAUUAA